AUGGAAGUGAAAGAGGUUUACACUAAACAGAAUCCAAAAGAAACCGCUGGUGUAUUAAGUAAACUAUUCUUCGCAUGGACGAGGCCAUUAUUGAUUCGCGGCGGUCACAGGGAAUUGGAGUUGUCGGACCUCUAUCACCCUCUAAAAGAAGACGAGUCAGGAAGAUUGUGCGACCAAUUGUCCAAGUCAUGGGAACGUGAACUGUCUAAGCUGGAUCGUGAGGACCCGGCGAAAGAGACGACGCAGGGAAAUACAAAAAGGAAAGAUCGUUCACCCUCGUUGCUGUUGGCUAUGAUUCGCGUAUAUGCCUCGAAUUUGUUUUGGCUCGCUGCAAUGUACCUGAUCAGCUACGGGAUCGCGCAAGAAUCCCUGCCAUAUCUACAAGCCAUGCUUCUCAAUUAUUUUCAAGUGUACGACCAAUCCACUACUAUUAGUAAAAAGGAGGCGUUAAUUUACGGAGGAUAUAUAGUAAUUUCCUUAACGAUCUCGAUUUUCGUCUUUCAUCACGCUAACUUGGCAUCGGCGAGGCUAGGUAUGAAGAUGCGUGUCGCUUGCUGUUCCCUUCUUUACAGAAAGAUAUUACGACUGAGCAGGAAAGCGUUGAACGACACCACCUACGGUCAGAUUAUAAAUUUGAUCAGCAACGACGUCAGCCGUUUCGAUGAAUUUUUGCACUACGUAAAUUUCAUUUGGCUUACACCGUUCCAGAUUCUUGUCUCCUGUCUGAUAAUAUACAUGAAAGUUCGAGUCACGACUUUCGUCACCCUAGGAACGCUCCUCCUGUUGACUAUUCCGACCCACGCUAUAUGCGUGACAUUGAGCACAAACUUUCGUCAAGCAAGCGCCACGUUAACGGACAAAAGGGUGCAACUGAUGCACGAGCUGGUAACCGGUAUACAGGUGAUCAAAAUGUACGCUUGGGAAAAACCGUUCUCGAGCAUUAUAAAUGCUGUCAGAGCUAAAGAGAUGAAGGUGAUUAGAAACACCUCGUUCGUCAAAGCUAUAUACGCGUCGAUGAUGAUGUUCAGCAACCGAAUAAUAGUAUACGCCAGCCUUUUAUUCUACGUAAACACGGGAAACCAGCUUGGACCGAAUGUAACAUUUUUGUUGAUAAGCUACUGCGAGCUGCUGCAGUUAAUUGUCGCAUUUUUCCUGCCAAUAGGUCUCAUGCUACUCUCAGAAACGGUGGUCACCAUCAAAAGGAUAGAGCAAUUCUUAUUACUGGACGAACAAUCGAACGCAGAAACGCUUCCAACACAACGGAACGGUUUUCCGGCGUACGAGAAGUCGAAGAAGAACGGGAUUACAGGGAAAACGGUAGAGGACGUCGAAAUGAAGAACGGGCAUUCGCGUACACCAGUGAACAAAGUCGAGGAAAUUACGCCAGUUGCGGUGGUAUUGGAAAAUGUAUACGCGAACUGGGUUCCGGAGAAGUUACCACCGACUUUGUGCAAUGUUUCGAUGGAGAUUCGAGCUGGGGAAUUGUUCGCACUCGUGGGUUCUGUCGGCUCCGGCAAGUCUUCCAUCCUUCAUCUGCUUCUAAGGGAAAUAUCCUUAGGAGCUGGAAAAGUGAAAUUCAUCAGUUAUCCGGCGAAGGAGAUUCGGAACAACAAACUGGGCUAUAUCGUUCAGAAAUUAAAUCUGAAAGUCUCGUACGCGAGCCAACAACCGUGGUUGUUCUCCGGCACGGUCAGACAGAAUAUCCUCUUUGGAUUACCGUAUGACAGAGAAAGAUACGUCGCGGUGACGAAAGCUUGUGCGUUAACUAGAGAUUUUCAACAAUUCCCUUACGGCGACAUGACCAACGUAGGCGAGAAUGGGUUGUCGUUAUCAGGGGGCCAAAAGGCUCGAGUGAACCUGGCAAGGGCGGUCUACAGGCAGGCGGAUAUUUACUUGCUGGACGAUCCAUUGAGCGCGGUGGACGCACGAGUGGCCAAGCAUCUCUUCCAGAAGUGCAUUCGGGAAUACCUUCGCGGGAAGACGAGGGUUCUGGUCACCCACCAGGUACAAUUUGUGAAGGAGGCUCACACUAUUGCGGUGAUGGAUCGAGGUAGUGUGAGAAUGCAAGGCUCUUACGAUGAAUUGUCCAAGUCUUCGAAGAACUUCACGGAGAUAAUCGAAGGUAUUCAAAAGUCGGCCGAAGCAACCAGAGAGAAAGCAACCAAGGAUAUACCAUCGCACGAGUCUCUGAUAAAGAGAAGAAUCAGCAAAAUGAGCGUGGGCAGAUCUUCAAUCGUAUCCACCGCCAGCAGUAUUUUAACGUACAAUUACGAGACCGAUGGGUUUACACCGACCAAGGACGAGGAGACAACAGCCCUUGACCGUGUCUCUGCAAAUGUGUACUUUAAUUACUUCAAAUACGGUGGUUCGUAUUUCAUGUUGGCCAUGCUGGUCUUCGCCUUCAUCUGCACCCAGUGUGCUACCAACGGUAACGAUUACUGGGUAUCCUACUGGACGAAUCUGGAAACCGUAAGAAUAUCCGUGGCGAACGAUUCACGAACGGCCACUCGUCAAUACAGUUACAUGUUCAAUAAUUCUUUUUUAUCGAGUAUAUUUACAUUGGAUCGCAAUGGUCUUCUAACCAGCCGCGAUGCUAUGUACGUUUAUACGUUUUGCAUUAUCGCUUCUAUUGCAACCGUGGUGGGGCGAAGUUUCUUCUUCAUGUGGAUCUGCGCGAAAUCCAGCCAGAAGAUUCAUGACUCGAUGUUCUGGAGUAUUUUGCAGUCGACGAUGUCGUUCUUCCAUCGCAAUCAAUCGGGUACGAUCAUGAACAGAUUUUCCAAGGACGUGGGAAGCAUGGAUGAUUUAUUACCGAAAGUGACACUGGACACCGUCCAGACAUUUUUAGUAAUAAUCGGCUCCUGUAUUAUGAUAGCAAUCAUCAAUUACUGGAUGAUUUUACCUUUAAUCAUUCUGCUAUUCUGCAUUUAUAUAUUAUUCAUAUACAAUGCGAGAAACUCUAGAAGCAUGCAACGUCUGCAAAGCAUAACGAAAAGUCCUGUAUUUUCGCAUGUGAACGCCACUCUGGAGGGCUUGUCGACGAUUAAAACCAGUGAACCGGAUGUUUUGAAGCUGUUGCAAAAACAAUUCGAUCAACUGCAGAAUAUUCAUAGCGGCGCGUGGUACAUGUCGAUCGUCGCGUCUGAAGUGUUCGGCUUCUACACAGAUGUACUCAUAGGGUUUUUUUACAUAUUUAUUUGUUUUUCCUUCAUACUAACGAACAAAGGUGACAUACUUGGCGGUAAUGUCGGCUUAGCUUUGACCCAGACUUUCUGUUUAAUCGGUAUGGUGCCGUUUGCUACGAGGGAAAGUAACUUUAUGAUGUCGCAUAUGACGUCAGUAGGGAGGAUCUUUCGAUAUAUCGGGCUGCCCAAAGAAGGAGACUGGCAAAGUAGCAAACCACCUCCGGCCGACUGGCCGAAUCAUGGCCAGGUGAUCCUGAAAAAUAUCAGUCUGCAAUACGAAAAGAACGAGGCACCGGUUCUUAAGAAUUUGAACGUGACCAUCGAGCCAGGAUGGAAAGUCGGUGUUGUAGGCAGAACCGGCGCUGGAAAGUCGUCUCUGAUAUCCGCUCUGUUCCGUUUGUUCCCCGAAGAAUUGGACGGACAGAUAAAAGUCGAUGGAAUCGACGUCAGCACAGUGGGUCUGCACGAAUUCCGCACUAAAAUAUCCAUCAUUCCUCAGCAACCGUUUCUAUUCACCGACACUGUACGCAACAAUCUGGAUCCGUUCAACUCCUACGACGAUACGACGUUGUGGGACAGUCUUCACCAAGUGGAGCUUAACGAUCUCGUCCUUGACCAAAAACUGCAAUACAGUGGAGGCAACUUGAGCAUCGGCCAGAAGCAAUUGAUCUGUUUAGCAAGGGCCGUCUUGAAAAACAAUCGGAUUCUCAUUUUGGACGAAGCCACCGCCAACAUCGACAACCAAACCGACGCUUUGAUCCAGAAAACAAUACGAACCAGGUUCUCCGACUGCACGGUCAUCACCGUUGCUCAUCGCUUGAACACCAUCAUCGACUGCGACAGGAUCAUAGUGAUGGACGCUGGAUGCAUCGCGGAAUUCGGCUGUCCUCACGAGCUCCUGCGCGACAAGCCCAACGGGAUAUUCUCAAUGAUGGUGGCAAACACGGGACCGUCUAUGGCGAAAACUCUUCGCGAACUGGCGGAAAGAGCUUGCAUGAAAAACACGACGGAACGAAGUCUCGAUCUGACCAGGCAAAGUUCCACCGAUACCGAUGCAACUGACAUCAUCGCUCAGACUAUUCUGUGAAGUAGUUUAAUAGAAUCGACUGAAAUAAUACGUGAAAACAAUGAACAAAACAACGUUCAAUAAAUCCAUCGACAUAAAUAGUUAAUGCCUAUGAAUAAACUCAAGC